AUGUCGGAAGAAAACCCCCAAGCCAACAAUCCUUCGGAGAACUUCGCACCAGGUAGUGCGCCUCAAGCCCUGGAUUCGAAUGCAGCCACGGGUAUGGUUGUGUAUGAGCCACAGCCUGAACCCCAGAACGAGCCAAACGAUUUCCCACCAGAGUUUGCGGCCGAAGAUGCACCCCAAUUCUUCCGUCGGGACGUGCCCGAGAAUGUGCAUGUGAACGAUCAGUAUCAUUAUGGACCUGAUAACGGCAAAUCUCGGGAACACGUUCCUCGGGAGCAAGUAUAUGCGAACAACAUACCCCCGGAAGAUGAGCUGGGAAGCCACACUGGAAGUAGAGUUCGUUUUGAUGAGAACUUGCCUAGCAGACGGUCGAGAGAGAACGAGUCCGGGAGAAUGAGCUCGCACGGUGGAGGCAGUCAUCGAGGACAAUCUCACAUAGACGAGCCUCAUGGAAGGGAGCCUCGCGGCGCGGACCACAGCGAGAAGAAACCUCACCGCUCACGAACAUCUGGAUUUCACAGAUCACACAAGCCACCAAAGAAAGAGGAGUAUCACAAGACAAGAAAAGUAGAUGCUACACCCAAGUAUGGCCGACCAUCGUUCUUUGCCAGCGUAGGGCACAUGAUGAGCGAUACCACUUACGUGAGAUAUCCGGUUGAAACAAAGAGGAAAGGAAAGUGA